AUGUCGCAGGACCAAGAUACAUCGAGCCUCGCAAAUGCCGUAGCAGCGCGUCAGCAGAGUCGGAAGCCUAUCCCCACGCCGGUCCCCGCUUAUCUCCCUCUUGCGGGAUCUCCCCUGACAGUCGACACGGCCCUCUAUGCUUCCAUCCAAAAGGCUCCGCGACUCCUCACCGAAGAAUUCACUCUUCCCAUCCGGUCCGGUCGUGCUUGGAAAGCGCCGGCCGGGAGCAUCAUCCGCAUCAGCACGCCCGACGGUCCACAGGUCGGCGACCUGAACAUCUGGAACGCGCACAAUCCUCGGGAGCGAUUCUGGGCGUCGCGCACUCGGCAGUUGCACGCAACCCACGUGUCGACAUAUGACCGACUCUGGUCGUGUCUGCCGUACAUGCGGCCCUUGGUGACCAUCAUCGCGGACAGCCUGGAUUGGUAUGGCGAGGAUGAACAUGGCGGCCGCGUCCAUGACCUGCUCGGCACUCGCUGCGAUCCCUACAUCAACACCGUCUUGAGCGGGGGGCAGUAUGAUUUCCACUGCCACUCCAACCUAACCCGCGCCGUGCUGCCAUUUGGAUUGACCGAGUUUGAUGUUCACGACGUCAUCAACAUCUUCCAAGUGACAGGUCUGGAUGCAAAGGGGAGAUACUUCAUGAACCCGUGCCCCGCCAAGAGCGGGGAUUACAUCGAGUUUCUGGCAGAGCAGGACGUCUUGAUGGCAUUGAGCACUUGCCCUGGAGGAGAUCUGUCAUUGUGGGGCUUUGGCGCCGACAGCGAGAAAGAAAUGAUCAAGUGCUGCCGUCCUCUUAAGGUCGAGGUGUUGCGUCUAGAAGAUGGUGAUUUCCUGCACAGAGCUGGCUGGCGGCCCGCUGAACCUUCCACCUACCAUGGCAAGCACGGGAUGGUGGUAGUCGAAGGGGAGCCGGCAAUGAGUGGCUAA